CGCGUUUACAACCCCUCUGGUGUUUCGGGUGUCCACGGGCGGCGGUAAUCGCUUCCCAUCAGGUGAUCAGUUUGCUCGCUUGCCUCCUAAAUAUAAAAAAAAAAUUUUUUGACGAGGUACGGCAUAAAGAAAUCAGUCGGUCAGUCACUCGUUUCGAUAUCGAUCUCGUACAAAGAUUUAUAGUUUUUCUAUUAAAGAGUUGCACGUACCCGCGGUCAAAAAGCCGCCCCCAUACAAUUGUAGUUACGCUCUCCGUUUAAAAAGACAUGGCAAGACAUUUCACGUAACAUAUAUCUAGAUUUGGUACUAGUUUUCGCUGCUAAUAAUUGUUUUAAAACGAAACUAAAACUUCUACUCGCUCUAAUUUCUUAGGCUUAGACUUAUACAGUAAAACAAUCAUAGACAUGUGUCAACUCUUACGAAAUGAGCUAUAAUAGACGGAGAUCAUAAUACAAUGGGCACUGUUUCAGUGUUGAGAUGCGUGUAGUCUGUUCAGUGUUGCAGUGUUGUGAGGAUGUGUCGGAUAGAGUGAAAUUGUUUGUGUGUGAAAUUGUGAAUGGCUUAAAAUGAAAAAGAAGAUCAAUAUAACUGUGCCGCCUAAGAAAGUUAAAGCGUUGUGCGGACUGUGCCCGAUGUUUCCAUCGUGCAUGUCGCUGCUGUCCCGGCGCGCGGAGCAGCAGGCGCCGCGGCCCGGACAGACCGCCGUCGUGCUGAAUGUUUACGACAUGUAUUGGACCAACUGGUACACAGCUGGUGCUGGGGUGGGCGUAUUCCACAGCGGAGUCCAAGUGCACGGUUCAGAAUGGGCGUACGGCGGACAUCCUUACGCCUUUACCGGCGUGUUCGAGAUCUCGCCGCGCGACGAGAGGGAGCUCGGCGAACAGUUCCGGUUCCGACAAAGCGUGCACAUAGGAUACACAAGUUUCAGCGAAGAAGAAGUCAGAAGACUUGUGGCGGAAUUAGGGAAACAAUUUCGAGGUGACAGAUACCACCUUAUGAACAACAAUUGUAAUCAUUUCACAUCGGCGUUCUGUUUGGCGCUUUGUGACAAGCCGAUCCCGGCGUGGGUGAACCGACUGGCGUAUGUCAGCUCGUGCGUUCCUUUCCUGCAGCGGUGUCUGCCCAAAGAGUGGCUGACGCCGGCCGCGCUGCAGCAGUCGCUGGCCGCGCAUUCGCGUUCCUCUUCGCCCAACACGCCGCAAUAGCACAUGCCGUGGUGCGCGGCGAACGCGGACCGGGGCUAGCACAGCCCUCCGCGUUGUCAAAGGCAUCGUACGUUACUGUUAACUCAUCUUGUUGUUAGUGCUAGGUUUAUACGAGUAUACUGUAGACCGGUCACCGCUAGUUAGCGUGUUUUAAAAUACUAACCGCAUCAAAUUGGCUGUCCGUUUAAUAGCUAUGGUGCCACAGAUAGACUUACUUAUCUUAAAACACCACUCUUUUUACGUCGGGAGCUAAAACAAGGCUCGGAAACCGGUUAAUUUUUAAACCGUUAUCAUGUACUUGGCGCAAAACCUUUAAAUUUCGGUUUCGCUAAAAAAACAGUUAUUUAUAAACCGGUUUUUAUGAGAACAGUUCUUGUCAAAUUAACCGGUUUCUAGCAAUAAAAACGGUUUAUUCAUACGUCGGUAUCUAU